AUGUACCUCGGCGAGGCUACGCUACUGUGUAAGGCCCGUCAGCGAUCCCCAGAAAAACUGGACGCGGAACAAUGGACUCCAGAUGUUAAUAAAAGUCGCCGUCAUGGUGCUAUUCUCGCUUGGGCUCAUGGCCCAGUCAUCCUUAGUGGCUCGUAUCAUCUCGAUGGCUGCGCUAGCUGA